AUGGUUGUAUUGAGAGCCAAGUGCGCCAUCAUUGGCGACCAGACGGUGGGCAAGAGCGCAGUGACACAGGCCUUUCACAGCGAUGGAUCACACUUCCCCAAAGCCUACACAAUGACGACACAUCCCGAGCUUUGCGUCAAGUCAGUCAACAUCCCCGAUACACAAGACUCUGUGGAGUUGAUGCUGAUUGAUCUCCCAGGCGAAGAGGCGCUGCAGGAGAACAUCACCUCAUACCUUGAGGACUGCAACAUGGUUGUUGUCGUGUUUGACGUCACGCGGUCUCAGACAUUUGAGAACAGCAUCACCUGGCUCAACAAGGCCCGCACAGCCGCAGGCGCCUCCUUCAUGGGCGGCGUGUUGCUGGGCAACAAGGCUGAUCUUGAUGCGCGACGAGAGGUGAUCCGGGAGCAGGGCGAGGAAGUGGCGCGAACAAAUGACCUCGACUACUUUGAGUGCUCAGCGAAGAAUGGGUCUGAGAUUGACACGCCGUUCCACUUUAUUGCCAGCAUGUUUCAUGCCUACUACAAGGACAAAGUGGGCCAGUUCAUCACCAUGGCGUAG